AUGAGACUCCUCCGGGAAGCCGUCUGCGAUAUAAAAGCUCAAAUGACAUCACUGGCUGAACACAUCACCAAAUGUAACACCCGGCUUGACGAGUAUGAAAAUAAACUGAUUGCGACGGAAGAACGAUUGCACGUCCUAGAGGAGAAAUCAGUAACAAUCAAUUCACUACAAAACACCAUCACUAUCCUGCGGGAACAGCAGCGCUCUCAAGCACAGGCAUCGCUGAGGAAUGAAGUCGAAAUAUUAGGAAUUAACGAAAUCACAAACGAAAACCCUGUACAUAUCGCACUAGUGAUAUCUCAAAAAAUCGGCUUUCCACUCAACGACGCGGACCUGGACUUCGCCAAGCGUGUAGGGCCCCUCCGUCGGAGUAAGGAUGACCCCUCGACUGGCGACUCCACAGGGGAUCAACCACGCCCACUGGUGGUUAGAUUCCUGCGCCGACAUCAACGCGAUGAAUUCCUGAAAGUGGCUAAAACCAAACGCAAACUCACCUGCUCAGACAUCGAGAUACCUGGCACCCCACGAUUUCUUUACUUCAACGAACGUCUUACUCAUGAAAACCGGCAGUUAUUUCGCUCAGCCCGCCACCGUUGCAAGGGAUCGGGCUUUAAAUACUGCUGGACUAAGACCGGCACUGUCUACAUCCGCAAACAAGAUGGCAAACCAGCGAUCGCAAUCAAAACAAUGGAGGACCUACUUCGCCAUGUCAACCCCAUCGACUAA